CGACACGCUCCUUCCGCCUCUGGGACGCCGGCUGAUAAGUGAGGGAUCCUGAGACCCACACCUGCAGUCUUCGAAGCUCUUCCUAUUUUGCCUGGAAGGACACGUGCUCAGCACCUAGGAUUUUUUCACUGAACAUCUCACUACCCAGGGACAGCUUGAUGGUAGGAUGCCACCCAAUAAGGCUGAUGAUGGACCAAAACAGCACCCUAUCAUUGGAAGAUUUGGGACCUCUUUGAAGAUUGGAAUUGUUGGACUGACAAAUGUAGGGAAAUCAACUUUCUUUAAUGUGUUGACGAAAAGCCAGGCAGCAGCAGAAAAGUUUCCAUUCUGUACCAUUGAUCCAAAUGAAAGCAGAGUACCUGUUCCAGAUGACAGAUUUGAAUUCCUCUGUCAGUACCAUACACCCGCAAGCAAAGUUCCAGCCUUUCUCAACGUGCUGGAUAUAGCAGGCCUCGUGAAAGGAGCAAGUGCAGGACAAGGCUUGGGCAAUGCGUUCUUGUCACAUAUUCGUGCAUGUGAUGGAAUUUUUCACGUGAUGCGUGCUUUUGAGGAUGAUGAUAUAAUCCAUACUGAAGGAAGCGUCAACCCUGUGCGAGACAUUGAGAUCAUACAUGAAGAGCUCCGGCUGAAGGAUAAAGAAAUGAUCAUAGCUGUUCUUAAUAUGCUUGAGAAAGUGGCAGUAAGAGAGGGAGACAAAAAGUUGAAACCAGAAUAUGACAUAAUGUGCAAAGUCAGAAACUGGGUAAUAGAUGAAAAGAAACAUGUGCGAUAUUACCACGAAUGGAACAACAAGGAGGUUGAUGUGUUAAAUAAAUACUUAUUCCUGACAUCCAAGCCAAUGAUAUAUUUAAUUAAUCUAUCAGAAAAUGAUUACAUCCGCAAUGAAAACACAUGGUUGAUAAAAAUUAAGGAGUGGGUGGACAAGCAUGACCCAGGUGCCUUGGUCAUUCCUUUUAGUGGGGCCUUGGAGCUCAAGCUGCAAGACAUGAGUGAUGAGGAAAAGCAGAAGUAUCUGGAAGAGAAAGUGACACAAAGUGCCUUAGCCAAGAUGAUUAAAACUGUAUACGCCGGACUCCAACUGCAAUACUUCUUCACCGCUGGCCCAGAUGAAGUACGAGCCUGGACUAUCAAGAAAGGGACAAAGGCUCCUCAGGCUGCAGGCAAGAUCCACACAGAUUUCGAGAAGGGUUUCAUAAUGGCGGAAGUAAUGAAAUUUGACGAUUUCAAAGAAGAAGGCACAGAGGCAUCUGUCAAGGCUGCUGGAAAAUACAGACAAGAAGACAGGAAUUACACAGUAGAAGACGGAGACAUUAUCUUCUUUAAAUUUAAUACACCUCAACAAUGAAAAAAGAAAUGAUUUUAACUUUCAAUCAGAAGUAGGAAAAAACGCUACUAAAUAUCAAAAAUACCAAAUAUUGGUAAAUAUUUUUUUAUUUCAAUUUAGACAGAAUAAUCUGUUUAAAAAAAAAACCAAGCAAAAUGAUUCCCCCCCGCCAACGAAAACAAAACAAAAUGUUUAUAUUGCAUUUGGACUAUGCCCCCUCCUGCAAGCAAUAGCAGCUCAGUCAAUGUGCUUUUCAGAUGAUUAAGACCCUUCUGCAAAGCACAGAAGCCUCUCUGCAACCACCCAAGUCUCAUGAUAGUUCAUUAAUCUCCAUCAUGUAUGCCAAGGCUGACACAUCUGACAGAAAGGACAAUGUGCAGUGCUCCAUUCGGAAUCUACAGAUAAUGCAUGUUUUACAGUACUCCAGAUGUCGGCACUCAAUAAAACAUUUGA